AUGGCGGCAAUGGUAGCAAGCAGGAAGAGCAGCUCUCCCAGUUUAAUUGUUGUUUCACUCCAACUUCUGGUCAUCGGCAGCGUUCUAUCAGCACCAACGAACGUCAACUUAGAAGAUGUGACCACCACGAAAGCCAAACCUCAUCCGCCGACGAUUUCUCCUACAAUCGGCGAUAACAAAUAUGUUACUCACUCGGAAGCAAAAGUAGUUACGACAGUAAAUGAACCUGAAGAAUGGACCCAUCGCUACGUUGCAGCUACGGUUCCUACCGAACCAGCAGAUCCCCAGCCCAACCCCGCCGAACCAGCAGAUCCCCAGCCCAACCCCGCCGAACCAGCAGAUCCCCAGCCCAACCCCGCCGAACCAGCAGACCACCAGCCCAACCCCGCCGUACCUGCAGAGCACCAGCCCAACCCAGCCGUACCUGCAGAGCACCAGCCCAACCCAGCCGUACCUGCAGAGCACCAGCCCAACCCAGCCGUACCUGCAGAGCACCAGCCCAACCCAGCCGUACCUGCAGAGCACCAGCCCAACCCCGCCGUACCUGCAGAGCUCCAGCUCAAGCCCAUCCAGCCCAUCUCCCCCCAAGUGGACCAGACAAAAACGAGUGAUUCUGCCACGGACACAGAAGGCGGCAAAUCCACAGUGGUCAUCGGUUCUUCGGACAGCUACGCCAAGCAAACACCAGAAGAUGAGAAAAAGGUGUUGACGGCCACAGAAUCGCCCGCCGUUUCCAAAACUACAAAAGCUGCCGUCCCUGACAAAACAACAGAACCCACCAGACUUGCCGCGGAGGAGACCACGGCUCUCUCGCUCUCAGAGACCACCUUGCAGGACCUUGAGUCGGAUCGGUUCCAGCCCGCUGGCAAUGACGCGGCGUCUCGCGUUGACGCGGAAGAUGACGAGUAUGAUGGCGAGGACGACGACCAGGACACGUACGUGGACAACAUGUACCACAUGGAAGCUAACGAGGAAGAAGGUAAGACGGUGGUCCGACUGGAAACACCCGACAUCAAGGAAGACGUCAGCUACAAGAUGCCCGGGGUUUACAACACGGAGGACGAGGACUCCCACUUUUUUAUCCACCUGGUCAUCCUGGCUUUCCUGGUUGCCAUCAUCUAUAUCACCUACCACAACAAGAGAAAGAUCUUCCUGCUGGCUCAAAGCCGUCGCUGGAAGGAGAGUUUGUGCUCUCGUAACACUGUCGAGUACCACCGGCUGGACCAGAAUGUCAACGAGGCCAUGCCGUCCCUCAAAAUGACACGCGACUACAUCUUUUGA